GCAACCAGCCAGUCAGUCCGUUAAGAGAAACCACUGGCGAGACUUUUCAGACAACAGCACAGGACGGGACUAUCGGUUAAAAAAAAAAAAAAACCCCGAGCCGGUGAUGUGGAGUCGGCAACCGAAGGACAGCACCAACUGAGCCCGAGGACCGUGAGGGGAAACAACCGAGCGAAGGGAGCUGUCAUUUUUAACUUAGCGUGUCCGCCGGCUCUGCUCUUCAGUCAGACUAGACACUCGCCCGCUCUCUGGCUGGCUGGCUGGUUAGCUUACCCCGCUAGCUGCUCGGCUAACACCCACCGCUCCUCGCAGCUCUUCUCGCCGGGAGAAACUGCACCUGUCCCGGCUGUCAGCUUCACAGUAUCCUCUUAUAAACUUCAAACAAUGUGCUGCUCGGUUAUGAAUGACUUUUUACGCCCGAGGGGGGGUUUAACUUACACUUUGCCAAGCGACCAUUGAUAGCUUAACAGCCCAAGCUAACAAGUUGACGUGGAGGAGGAACUCGAAUUUUUUUUCUUUUUUUUUUUUUGGAUUGUCGAGAUUGUUGUUGAUAUUCUCCAAACUGUGAUUUCAUACGGAUUAUUAUUUUUUUUUGCCAACACCGAGGUGGACUUUUCUCUUUGGUGAUCCCAAACAAAUCGUCCAGGUUACAAACCAGCCAGUUAGCUAUGUUUAUUUGUGGCCAGAAAGUAAUUUCAAGUGUUUACAAAUUCCACAGUGGGACUCUUUCCUGGUUCGAGUACUGCAACGGAAACAUUAGCUAACACAGACUAGCUCAGAUUAGUGUCGUCGUGUUUUGUUUACUAGAUAGAUAGUCGGAAUAAACUGUUGCCAAACAAUUUAACUACAAAAGGAAAGCUGCAAACCAGCUGCGGAUUGUGUAAAGCCAACCACAUAUUCUUAUACCUGCAGUAGUUUUUUUUUGCCACCAGUGAUCUGACAUUUCUGCCGGUUUUAUACGCACCUGGAAAAAAAAAAAAAAAAAAAACUUAACACAACAGUGGGUGUCUGAUCGCAACCAUUUACCUCCACUUGACAGGGAAGUCACGUUGAGUUGUGUCCCGCAGGGAGUUGAUCCAUUGAUCGGAUCGUUAUCGUGCUAUUUUAGCUGAUUGGGGGGAAAAAGCAGAGAGAGAGAGCGAAAGAGAAAUAGAAACGAUGUCGGGCCAAUCUAUCACGGAUCGGAUCGCUGCAGCGCAGCACAGCAUGACCGGGUCGGCUAUCAGCAAGGCUGUGUGCAAAGCCACCACACAUGAAGUCAGCGGACCCAAGAAGAAACACCUUGACUAUCUGAUCCACUGCACCAAUGAGAUGAACGUGAACAUUCCCCAGCUGGCAGACACGCUGUUUGAGCGCACAGCCAACUCCAGCUGGGUGGUGGUCUUCAAAGCCCUUAUCACCACCCACCACCUCAUGAUGUAUGGCAACGAGCGUUUCAUCCAGUACCUGGCCUCCAGAAACACUCUGUUCAACCUGAACAACUUCCUGGAUAAGGGAGCUCUGCAAGGUUACGACAUGUCAACCUUCAUCAGACGAUACAGCCGUUACCUGAACGAGAAGGCCAUGUCCUACAGACUGGUGGCUGUGGAUUUCACCAAGAUGAAGCGGGGGAUUGACGGUGUGAUGCGCACCAUGAACACAGAAAAGCUGAUCAAGACGCUGCCCAUCAUUCAGAACCAGCUGGAUGCUCUGCUGGAUUUCCAGGCCAAUCCUAAUGAGCUGACCAACGGAGUGAUCAACUCAGCCUUCAUGCUGCUCUUCAAAGACUCCAUAAGGCUGUUCGCUGCUUACAAUGAAGGGGUCAUCAACCUAUUGGAGAAAUACUUUGACAUGAAGAAGAACCAGUGUAAAGAUGCUCUGGACAUCUACAAGAAAUUUCUUUACAGGAUGACGAAGCUGUCAGAGUUCCUCAAAGUGGCCGAGCAAGUUGGAAUAGAUCAGGGUGACAUCCCAGAUCUCUCACAGAAAACAAAAGGAUCAUACAUUGCCCCCAGCAGCCUCCUGGAGGCUUUAGAGCAGCACCUUGCCUCUCUGGAGGGCAAGAAGACCAAGGAGCUGAAUGCAGACACCAGAGCGUCCACCCUGUCCAGCGCCGUCUCGUCUCUCUCCUCCACCGGCAUGUCCUUCAGCCGCAUGGACGAGAAGGAGAAGCAGCAGGCCCUGGAGGAGGAGCAGGCCAGACUGCAGGCUCUCAAGGACCAGCGCCUGAAGGAGAUCAGCAUGCAGACUCCGCCCUCUGCCUCCCCCAGCAGCCAGUCGAUAGGCCUCGCCAACAACAACCACAUCACACAAACCCCAGAGUUGUUCAGCUCCACGCUGUCUGCCAACAGUGUGCCCAAUCUGAACAGUGACCUGUUUGAUCUUCAGCCGGCCUUCAUCCCCGCUGUGCAGAGCACUCCUUCGAUCUCCACCGCCAACAGUGCCUGGGGAGGAUUGGAGAGCCAGCCUCUGCAGCAGACCGCACCAGCAGCCAUGACUGUAGAUUUCGAUGCUGUGUUUGGGAAUAAUGCCGCACCCAGUAACAACGGCCCACAACCUGCAGCCGGUUUUGAUGCUCUAGGAGACCUGUUGAAGCCUACAGUUCCCACACACACCGCACCUCCUCCUCCUCCUCCUCAAAUGGCCAUCCAUCCUGGAGGAAAGCUGCUAGCCAACGACCUCGACUCCUCUCUGGCCAACCUCGUGGGCAAUCUGCAGUUCGGUGGGACCCCAGCCAAGAAGCCAGAGAUGCAGUGGAACCAGCCUGGAGAGAAGAAGCUGACGGGGGGCCAGAACUGGCAGAAUAAGACCAUGUCGACCACGCAGUGGAGCCCCGCGCCCGUGGCCCCACAGCCCAUGCCUGUACAACACGUGAAUGGAAUGUUCUAUACUAGUUAUGCUCCAGCUCCCAUGGCUUUCCCCAUGACCACACCGCAAGUGCCUGUGUAUGGAAUGGUCCCUCCCCAGAUGGGUCAGAUGGGCGGGGUACCAGUGAUGGCUCCUCAGCCAAUGAUGUACAACCAGCCUGUUCUCAGACCCACCAACCCCUUCGCACCCAUGCCCGGAGCCCAGAUGCAGUUUAUGUAAUCCAGUCAGCGGGGAAGCAGAGUGCCAAAAGCGACAAACAAACAAACAAACAGCAGAAGAAAACACACAAGAGGAAUGAUCGGAUGGACGGAGGAAUGAUUUGAUCGAGCUGAAAUGACUAAGAGACAGACAGACGACAAGAUAACCAACCAACACCAAAAAACAAGUUGGAAAGAGGAGAAGAUGACCGAGCAGAGGAUGGAGGGAUGGCGGGGUGGAGGGAUGUGGUGGGGGAUGUGGUCGUCCUGGCUGGUCUUUGUCUGAAACAACUCCUUGCAUUUGUGUGUGUGUGUGUGUGUGCUUGUGCGUGUGCAGCUUCUUUCUGUAAUAUUGUCCUGAUUUGUGUUUUAAAUCCCAUCGAUGGAGUGAUGAUUCAGGAGAGGGAACAUGGAUGAGAGAGAAAGAUGUAAAGAAAGAUGGAGGAGAUAAGAGGGGAUUGAGGAAAUCCUACCUCUGGUUUUACAGUCAGACUGUAUAUAUCUGACUGUCAUGAGAGUCUCUGCUGCAGAAUUAGCUUUAUUUCAUACUGGUGCUAUUUUGUCUUCUCUGGGUUUCUGUCCGCCUGCAACGGCAUCUUGGGAGCACUUAGGAGAGGACAAGUGUUUGUUCAGUGUGAAUGUGGAGGUGUGUGUGUUUGUAUUUGUGUUUGUGUGCGCACAGCAGUUGCUUCAGAUAAUACCUUCACGACCGACCUCUCCAUCCCCUCCCUCGUUCUCUGUCUGAGUCCACAACUGUCCAAUCAGCGAGAGAUUUAGAGGCAAAUCUUCUCCAGUGUGUUCCCCGUAAUUUUCCACUCUGUUGGGAUAUCUUUGUAUUUUUCAAUCUGUUUUCUCCUGCAACCUCUCCUGAAUGUUAUCGGGGCUUGUACAGCAAUUUGUUGAACCAUUUGUUAAUAGUAGUUGAGCGUUUGUUGUUAUGGGUUUUAAGCUAAAGUCUUUGUUACUCAUACUGCAUUGUUUUUCUUUUCCUAAAGCCACAGAUACACACAGAGAGACAGGGAUUAGCGAUGACAACAUGCUAGCAUGGAACAACAGAGUUGUCUGAACUGUUUGUGAACCAAAACUUUUCUUUAAAAAAUAUUUUUCUUGAGGCCCGGUCACACCAGAAAGCGGCACAGCGAAAUUUAUCCAUGUGCCUGUGUGAAACGCUUGUUAGCUGGUGAGCUAACCGCUAACACAUUAGCCAAACAAGAACUAGUCACUCUCAUAGCUCUCUGAACUUUUUCUCUUUUUUCUGUGCUGUUGUUUACCUUCCCCUGGCAUAUUGUCCUUGGGAUUUUACAUCAUUUCAUUCAGUAAAGAGUAAAGAGAUGAGAAAAAAAGCUCUAAGCUAGCUAGUGUUGUAACUGACAAUUAGUUCACUCAGUUUAUUCAAAAGAUGUAUCUUGGUCUCCGAGCCAUUCCUCUUUUGUGGAGCAGUUUAUGCUCUAAGAGAAGACUUUCUGGAACAUUAAUAUAAGAUAAGUAAUUAUUAUUUUAUAUUAUAAAGUGGAUGGUGCAACGCGACUAAUAAGCAGCGUUAGCUUCCUCCAUUUUGGACUUUAAGUUCAGCAAUGUCAAGAUAGGUUGCUAUUGGUCAGCAGCACAAAUUUGUGAGUUAAAGUUUAUAGCAAGUUGAACUUGCUUUGAAAAGUUCCCCAAAAUUUUAAACAAUGGUGUAACCAGGCCUUUAGCGAGGUGGGACUUGACACGCGCUUAUCUUGUCAUUUUUGGCCAUUACUUGGGUAAAAUUGAAGAAAUUUGUACUUGCAUCAUGCUAAAGAGCGUUUAUUAGCAUCAUUAGCCUGUUAGCUCCCUGUUAGCACCUUGACCUGUGUGUAUCUGGUUUUCUUGUCUUCAUUAGCUCACCAAGCAGAUUCAAACAUUCAAGAGCUUUUUUCGUUAGGUACACCCUAUUGGCAGAUCCACAUUAUGUGCCAAUGAUUGAUGACGGCAGCACUGAGUGAGUGAGUUACAUGUUACUGAAUCAAGUUGAAUUCACUUUAAAUUGCACUGAAUCAAAGUGAGAGUCUUGUAAGUGCGACUCUAUCUGCCCCAAGAGCCAAACGACACUGAACUUUUGGCAUCACCCUCGCUCUGUGGUUCCAGGAAGUUUUGGGGGAUCAAAUUUGACUUGUGUAAGAUGUCAUGGCCAUUCUUCAGCCAAAGCUUCCGUCACCGUGAGUCUGACUGUCGGUGUGUUUGUGCCGUGCGUUCACGUGUAUGCUUACACAUUUAUGUGUACAUUUUCCAUUGAGGGCUAUUUCUGAGGGUCAAAUUGUGUCAGAUUUCAAGCCAAAUUUGAGCCAGCGAGUUUGACACAAGACGUGCUCGUUUUGAUUUUGUAAAAUCAAAUUUUGUUGCAAAAUGCACAUGCAAAAAUUUUGCACUGAAGUGACUAUCCUGCCGUAGUGGAGCUGUUGCCAGUUUUCCUGGCGUGGAAAAAAGUUGAGAAAGAGAUUUGAAGUUUGUAAAAGAUAGUUUGGGGUUUUACAAUAACAAGUUUGCCUAAUCUUUUUGUCUAAACCAGCCACUUUGGCAGGUAACUAAAAGUUAUUUUCCUGCCUUUCAAACGAUGAACUUGAAACUGUUUAUUAGUCCCAUCCCCGGUCCCAGCCCAGUGUCUACAUCCCAACAACCAUCAGUAAUAGUCCAGUCGUAUCGCACUCAUCAUCCACUCUGCUGUGAAAUCUCUAGAAUCUUGCUUCAGUCUCUCAACUCUGUCUACUUGGUCUAUCUCUAGAAUGCUUUUUUAGCCUGCUUUGUCACUGUUUGGUAUGUGUAGAUAUGUAAAAAAAAAAAAAAAAAAAAAAAAAAAGAUAAUAUUAAUAAUAA